AUGGUUGUUGUAGACCACUAUGAGUAUCUCUGUGAGGAAGAGAAACGGCUGAAAGAGGACCGCGAGCGCACGAAAUACUGGAAGAGAUGGGGUCCCUAUGUGGCUGAACGUCAAUGGGCAACUGUGCGUGAGGACUACUCGGACAAUGGUGACGCCUGGAGCCACUUCUCCCACGACCAAGCCAGGUCUAGAGCCUAUCGCUGGGGUGAGGAUGGCAUUGCUGGCGUGUCCGAUACUCAUGGGCUCCAGAACGUUGCCUUCGCCUUUUGGAAUGAGAAGGACGACUUUUUGAAGGAGAGGCUCUUUGGUCUCAGCAAUCCCCAGGGCAAUCACGGUGAAAGUAUCAAGGAGGCACACUUCCAUUUGGACAAUGUCCCUACGCAUUCAUACAUGAAAUAUCUCUACAAGCUCCCUCAGCGGCGGUUUCCCUACGAAGAGUUGAUCAAGGAAAAUGCAAAACGCGGCAAGCUUGAGCGCGAGUUCAACAUUAUCGACUCGGACGCUUUCAAGGACAAUCGUUACUUUGACAUCUUCAUCGAGACUGCAAAAGAGACCGACGACCCUGAAGAGUUGCUGUUCCGGGUAACCGCCUACAACCGUGGCCCAGAACCGGCUCCUCUGCAUAUCAUUCCUCACAUGUGGUUCAGGAACACUUGGUCUUGGGGCAGGGAGCCCGAAAAGCUCAAACCCAACAUUCGCAUGGUGGGACCGAUGACUGCGCAGUCCAAACAUCACAAGCUGGGUCAUCGCUUCUUCCAGCUGUCUCCAUCACCAGGCUGUGGCCCCAAUGCUGACGAUGUUCAUCCACAACUCAUGUUCACGGAAAAUGACACCAACCUCCAGAAGCUCUACGGUGUCAAGAACAAGCAACCUUAUGUCAAGGACGCUUUCCACCGGUGGAUAGUCGACGAAGAGAAGGGAGCCAUCAAUCCUCGCUGCUCGGGCACAAAAUGCGCAGCUUGGUAUGACUUUGGCCAAGGUGACGGGGUCCCUCCUGGAGAGUGCGCCGUUGUCAGAUUCCGCCUGUCGCGCAAAUACGAUGGCUACCUUAACGAGGAGCUUCUAGACGACAUUAUCGAGCAAAGACGGCAAGAAGCCGACGAAUUCUACUACAGAAUUAGCCCUCUUCCCAUGGCUGAAGAUUUGAGGAAUAUCCAGCGCCAGGCUCUUGCCGGCAUGCUCUGGUGCAAACAGCACUAUUAUUUCAUCUGGGAUCAGUGGGCGAACGGUGACCCUAACAUGCCACCUCCCCCGGAGAACCGCAAGAAUAUCCGGAAUGAGCACUGGAAGCAUAUGUAUCUCGACGACAUCCUUUCAAUGCCGGAUUCCUGGGAGUAUCCGUUUUUCGCGGCCUGGGACUCAGCUUUCCAUUGUAUCCCACUUGCAAUGGUCGAUCCCGAAUUUGCAAAGAAGCAGCUCGAUUUGUUCACUCGCGAAUGGUACAUGCACCCCAACGGGCAACUCCCGGCCUAUGAAUGGAACUUUGGCGACGUCAACCCACCUGUGCACGCAUGGUCCGUUUUCCGGACCUUCAAGAUUGAACGAAAAAUGUAUGGGAGACAGGACCUCGAUUUCCUCGAACGUGUCUUCCAGAAAUUACUGCUCAACUUUACCUGGUGGGUCAACCGCAAGGACUAUGAGGGCAAAAAUGUGUUUGAAGGGGGCUUCCUGGGUCUUGACAACAUUGGUCUGUUCAACCGUUCCGAGCCUUUACCCACUGGUGGAGUUCUAGAGCAAGCCGACAGCACAGGAUGGAUGGCAUUCUACUGCCUCUGCAUGUUGAACAUUGCACUUGAACUUGCCAAGCAUAGACGAACAUACGAGGACAUUGCGUCGAAGUUCUUCGAGCACUUUCUUCUGAUCGCCGACGCUAUGACCUUCCGUGCGGGAGGCAAAGAAAAGAGCUUAUGGAACGAGGAGGACGGAUUCUACUACGACGCAAUUUCUUGGGGCGGACCAUGGACCCAGCAAAUGCCCGUACGGUCUCUCGUUGGCCUCAUCCCACUAUAUGCGGUCCUGACCUUGGAGCCGGAGCUGAUCAACAAGUUUCCCAAUUUCAAGAGGCGGAUGGAUUGGUUCAUUGAGAAUCGCCACGACGUUGCAGAGCGCAAUAUUGCCUCCAUGCGCAAAAGAGGUAAAGACGAGCGUCUCCUGCUGUCUCUAGUCAGCAAGGAGCGCCUAGAAAAGAUCUUGAAGAGGAUGCUUGACGAGACAGAGUUCCUCUCUGAGCACGGAAUCCGCAGCUUGUCCAAGUACCACGAAAAGAAUCCCGUCAGCAUGGAUGUCAACGGCCAGCAAUUCAAGGUCAGCUACGUACCUGGUGAUUCUGACUCUGGCCUCUUCGGCGGCAACUCCAACUGGCGUGGCCCAAUCUGGAUUGCUGUGAAUUUCUUGCUAGUCGAAUCGCUGCUGCGGUUCUACAUGUUCUAUGGCACCUCCCUCCAGAUCGAGUGUCCCACCGGCUCGGGUGAAUACAUGCAUCUCGGCCACGUUGCCGAGGAGAUCCAGCACCGGCUCCAGCAUCUCAUGCUGAGGGACGGUGAAGGCCGUCGAGCCAUCAAUGCAGGUAACGAUACUCUCGAUUUUGACCCACAUUGGAAAGACUAUCUCUGGUUCUUUGAGUUCUUCGAUGGCGACACCGGCCGCGGCCUCGGUGCCAGCCAUCAGUGCGGGUGGACCGGGUUGAUGGCAAAGAUGAUCCACGACACAGGUAUCAAUUGUCGUCUAGCGCAGACUCCCCGCACACCCUCCACUGCCGCCGCGCACUACUUCGAUGACACUCUUUCAAGAGGACUGAGCAGGAAAGGUACCUUUGUUGGCACCCCCGGACCGAUGCGGCGUUCGUCGACUUCGCGCUCGAUCGGCAACCGCGGCUCAUUCGUCUCCGUCACCAACGGCGACCACCACUCCGGUCGAGGGAAUCAGACGCCCGCCGUGAUUCACGAUGUGGAUGCUCCCAAUUCUUAUUUUGAAGCGGCAACAACCACUGGGACCGACUCAGACGCCUGGGGAGAAGAGGACAAGCUGGAGAAAGAACGCCGAAAGAGCAUUGCCGACAGUCACUACGACAAGUACGUCAGCGAGCAGUUGACCAAAAUCAAGACGAAUGAGAGUGCUGCAGUGUACGAGGAUGAGUUUGAGGCGCAGCUGGAUUAG